AUGUGGAGUGCGGCUUAUGUGAUUCUUGGGGUAGUGGUGUUGCUGCCGACACUCUGGUUAUUGGCGUCACUGACUCAAAAUCUAUGGAUCCCAGCCGUGGUCCUUGGCAUAGCCUUGUUGGUCUACCUACUGGGACAGCUCUUGGAGGGUCUGCAAUUGAACAUCAUCAGCAGUGGCAACACCACAGCCACCUUGUCGCAAACGGUGGAUGCCCUUGAGUUGGAGUUGUUGAAGGCGGAGUGGCGGGAGAUCAAGGAGCAACUGCUGGGCGAUGCCGAAAUCUCUGGUGGCAGGCUCAGCAAGGCUAUGGCCACACUGAAGAACUUCAGCCGGAUGGAUGCGAAGGUGCAGGAGGUGAGGGAUGUGAUCCGGAUGUUGGAGCAAAACCACACAAGCAGCUUGGAGGAGAUCCUCCUGCGGCAGCUGGAGAAAGGUCAGGCGCUGGCUGACUUUGCUGUGGAGCGCCUGGCAGAGGAGCUUACGAAGCAGGACUUCUGGUCCCGCUUGGCUCCACAGCUGCUGGCGGCCGGCAUCGUGCAGCACCUCGACAGCGAGACCUUGGUUCAGAUGGAAAGUGAGAAGGCCAAAGUGCAGGAGCAGCUCCGAAUCGAUCGUGGCAUUCCACAAAGCUUGGAAACGAUCAGGGUGCGCGGUUGGAUCGAGCUCUACGAGGCGAUGGCCCAGGACUUUGAUCGAGCCCUGCCCUACCGUGCGGCCGUGUUCCUGGCCGUGUGUGCUGCCCUGUUUGGCUUGGCCUUGCUGUACCACUUCAUGAAGCGACGCUUGAAGAUUCCGACCUUGGUGGAUGAGACCUCUGUGUCAUGGUUGAGACGACCCAAGGCCUUGCCGUCCAUCUGCGAGGUCUUCGCUGGCGAUGCUCAUCGCAUGGAUCGUCCCAAGGUGGUACUACGUGAGGAGAUUCGCCACAGCGUGGAGGAUAUGGCCCUGGUGGCGAUGAAGCGAAGUCGCCGCGGCAUGGCCCUGCCCAACGCUGUUUUCUUCGGGCCUCCGGGCACCGGCAAGUCCCUAACGGCGCGGCGUCUGGCCGAAUGCUGCGGUAUGGACUACGCCAUCCUCUCCGGCGGCAACAUCCUGGGGCUGAAGGAAGAAGCAGUUCCUGAGCUCCGCAGGGUCUUUGCCUGGGCUCGGAGGUCGCUUCGUGGCUUGCUGAUCUUUAUUGAUGAGGCAGAAGCCUUCCUGUGCUCCCGGAGCAACCAGAGCAAUGCCUAUGUCCAAGCUGCCUUGUCGUUUUUCCUGGCCCAGACGGGCUCAAGCAGUUCACGUUUCCAGCUGAUUUUGGCCACCAACCGCGUGCAGGACCUGGAUCCUGCAAUCUUGAGCCGGGUGCCUUUGCGCAUCGAGUUCGGCCGGCCCGACGCGCAGCUGCUGGAACAGCAGGUGCAAGACCGUGUUGGGCGGCUGGAGCCAGUGGCUGGCGAGCGCCUAUCUCAGCUCUUGAAAGAGAAAGGUGAAGCCGGCACCGCUGGAGAAGCUUUGUACAACUGGAAGUUCACGGGUCGUGACGUCCAAGGCCUUUUUGAGGAGUUCGCUCGGCGCUGGAGCUUGGAACAGGAGUUGGGACGCAAAGCUGACAAGGAAUGGCUUGAUCGCUGGUUUAACCACCGAGCUUUGACUUGA